ACGUACCACGAUGUCGAUAUCCAGAAAUCAAGUUUCAACAGAGUCAACGCCGCUGCUUUCCAGCAACCAGGAAUCCGGAAAUCGACUCAGGACACGCUAAACAAAUCCCUGUCAGCUACAACACUCUUUAGCGAGUAUGAGCUCAAGGACUCAGUCAGCACGGGUGUCAUGGUCAAGCAAGAGGCGUCGCUGCUGCUGCGAUCCGGUAUUCCGGUUGUCCUGACAUAUCUCCUCCAGUACAGCUUCACGUUUGUUAACCUGCUGGUGCUGGGUCAUAUCGGCGCUGAUGCUCUGGCUGCGGCGGCGCUUGCCAACAUGACCAUCAUUGUCAUUGUCAAUGCACCAGCCGUAGGGCUUGCGUCGGCACUGGAUACUUACUGCUCGACGGCGUUCACGGCUUCACAGGAUACAACACUAGUUGGCUUCCACCUGCAGCGUGGUAUCAUUGCCGUGACUGGUCACUUCCUGUUCAUUGUGCCGCUGCUGUGGAAUAUUGAUACGCUGUUCAUCUGGCUGAAGCAGGACCCAACUGUCUCGCACAUGUGCUGCCACUUCAUGCGUGUGCAGCUGCUCGGGUCGCUGGCGUGGAUGUACUUUGAGUGCAUCAAGCGGUACCUACAGGCACAGGGCCAUAUGCGCGCAAGCACUGUCGUUCUGCUGAUCAUCGCUCCUAUCCAUGUGGCUAACAACUGCAUGUUUGUGUGGUCGCCGGUGCCUUCGCCAAAUGUGGUUACGUACUGGCUCAUGUUUGUCCUGAUCACGGUGUAUGCUGCAAGGUCGGAUGCACGCAACGCGUGGGGUGGCUGGAAUGUCCAUGCGCUGUGGACGAUGCCACAGUACUUCAAGCUGGCUAUUCCAUCGAUGAUCAUGAUCUGCUCGGAGUGCGUUGCUGUGUGUAAUCAUGUUGGUAAUCUUUUGGGCCAAGGCCGGUCGCGGCGUGCCAAGGUGUGCGCAAUGGUUGGCCUCUCUCUCGUCUUGCAUUUGGGCCUGGCUGUUGGAAGCUGGUGGGGCGGCAUCUACUCGGAUGACACACAGAUCAUUGCAAUCGUCGCCUUGAUUAUGCCGGCGAAUGCGCUGUUCCAGCUGGCGGACGCAAUCAACAGCGUCGGAUCUGGUGUUCUGCGCAGCAUGGGGAGACAAGACGCCGGUGCCUGGAUCAACUUUUCGUCAUACUACAUCCUUGGGUUCCCGCUGGGUCUCUUUUUGACCUACGGCCCGCCCAAGAUUGGGGUCCUCGGUCUGUGGUACGGCAUCUUCUCGGGCGUUGCCCUGGCCGUGGUCAUGCAAUGCUGGAUAAUUCUGCGCGCUGACUGGGACGACGAGGUGCAGCGCUGCAUCGACCAGGUAUCCAAGGAUUCGGAUGCCAUCGCGUCAGGCGCGGCCAGCACCGCCAGCGCCAGCGACGACGAGAGCGCGUAACGACGUGGGCUGGCUACGGCUGUUUGUACAUUAAUCACCACCCUUGAUUUAUGAAUUAAAUAUUUUGCGCUGCAUGCAGCAACUAACUGGCCACUGAUGGCGGGCCAGCAGGACGGGCUGCCAGCGCAUCAGGCCUCCAG